AUGAUUAGUCAUCCCUGCAGGAUCUGUCUGAAAUCUGUUGCUUCAAACCAUCGAGCAAUUAUGUGUGAUGUGUGCGGUUUCUGGGUGCAUAUUAAAUGUAAUGGGCUUAAUGCCACUGAUUAUGAAAUGUUACAAAACUCCAACGAUAAUUGGUUCUGUCUUAAAUGUAUAAAUGAUUCACUUGCUUUUAAUGACAAAUCUACCCCUCUUGUUUUCAACUAUGCUUUAUCUUCCACUGAGAAAAGAAAAUUCCUAUCCAAUCUUAAUACUCUUAACAACAGUCCUUCUGAAAAUGAUAACACCAAUUGUAAAUACUAUGACUCUGUUGAAUUUGUCUCUCAAAACUUUAAUUCUUCCUACUUUUCCUUGUUCCAUCUAAACAUAUCUUCCUUAUCUAAACAUUUUAAUGAUUUAACCUAUCUCCUCUCUGACCUUAAUUUUAAUUUCAGUGCUAUUGGUAUAACAGAAACGGGUUUUCAAAGUAAAUCUCCUUCUCUGAACUGUAAUCUAAAUGGAUAUACCUUUAUACAUACUCCUUCAGAAAGCAUUAAAGGUGGCGCUUUGUUAUACAUUUCUGAUAAGCUCUCCUGUUCUAGUCGCCCUGACCUUGAUCAACUAUGUUAUAUAAGUCACCAACUUGAAUCAGUAUUUGUUGAAGUUAUUCAUCCUAAAGGUAAAAAUUAUAUCAUAGGUUGCAUCUACAAACAUCCUCAUAUGGACCUACAUGACUUUAAUAUGAACCAUCUUACUCCUAUAUUAAGCAAAACCACCUCUGAGAACAAAAACAUUUUUUUAAUGGGAGACUUUAAUGCAAAUCUAUUACUCUCUGAUUCCAACCCUGAUAUUUAUGAUUUUUUAGACUCUAUAUUUUCGUUUUCUUUAGCUCCUUCUAUACUUCUUCCAACAAGAAUUACAGAAAAUACUAGUACUUUAAUUGACAAUAUUUUUCAUGACCCUUUUGAACUAAACUGCAAGUCUGGUAACAUCAUAUCGUCAAUAUCUGACCAUUUCCCACAGUUUCUUAUAAUAAACAAACAACACGUCUUGCCGCCUCCUCCCACAAAAAGAUCUCCUAUUCCAGACUGGAAUAAAUUUAACCAAGAAUUAUUUUCUCAAAAAAUAUCUGCCAUUGACUGGAAUGAACUUCUUUGCUUAAAUGAACUUGACCCAUCUAAAUCUUUUGAUAUUUUUCAUACCUUUGUCAAUAACUGUAUAAAUGAAUGUGUUCCUCUCAAAAAAUCUUUUACUAGAAAUAACACAAACUCUCAUAAAGAAUGGAUCACUACUGGCAUACUCACCUCUAUACGCAAACGUGACGCUUUACAUAAACAAUUCAUUAAAGAAAAAGAUCCAUUCAUAAAAUCUCUACUGCACACAUCCUUUAAAAAAUACAGAAACAAACUUGUCACUCUAUGUAGAAUAAGUAAAAGUAACUUCUACAAACAAUUUUUCAUCAAAAAUAAAAAUAAUUCAAAAGCUAUCUGGGAUGGUGUUCGUUCCAUCAUUUCACUCCGGUCUGCCAAAUCUCCUACUCCUUCUUGUUUAAACAUUAACAAUAAUCUCACUACAGACGCAUUAACCAUAUCUAAUUCAUUCAACAGUUACUUCAGCUCAAUUGCAGAUAAGUUAAGGAAAUCGAUUCCACCAAGCUUUAAACACUUUUCUUCGUAUCUAAAAAACCCAACAGCUAAUUCAAUAUUUUUUCGCCCAACUAAUGAUUUAGAAGUCCUUGAUUGUAUUUCUCUCUUUGAUAAAAAAAAAUCAACAGGUCCUUUCAGCAUUCCGUACCAAGUCCUUCUUCCUACUAAAAAACUCUUCGCAGUUCCAAUUGCUAAAUUAAUCAAUCUUUCCUUUUCAACUGGUAUUUAUCCAUCUUCUCUUAAAAUUGCAAAAGUUAUCCCUGUUUACAAAAAAGGCUCAAAUGUCGAACUUUGCAACUAUCGGCCCAUAUCUUUACUUUCAAACAUUGACAAAAUUUUCGAAAAGCUUAUUUUCAAUCGUUUAUAUAAUUUUUUUUCUAUGAACAAUACUAUCUUUCCAGAUCAGUUUGGCUUCAGGAAAAAAUUUUCUACCUCACACGCCUUACUAAACAUUACUCAAAAGAUUAUGGAAGCUAUUGACAAUGGUCUUCUUGUUUGUGGUGUCUUCAUUGACCUACAAAAAGCUUUCGACACUGUUGACCAUGAAAUUUUAAUUAAAAAACUUUAUCACUAUGGUAUUCGUGGGGUUCCUUUAUCUUUGCUGCGCUCUUUCCUAACCAACAGAGAACAAUUUGUGUUUAUCAAUAAUUCGUCAUCUUCACAUAAACCUAUUCGUCAUGGUGUUCCUCAGGGCUCUGUUCUUGGUCCACUUUUAUUUCUACUCUAUAUUAAUGAUCUUCAUACUGCAAUUAAACAUUCCAUGGUCCACCUCUUUGCAGAUGAUACCAACCUGCUAAAUAUUAUCACUUUAUUAACACAUAUAAAAUCUAAUUACAAUUUUAUUUUAUUUCACCCAGUCCAAAUUCCUUUUUUCUGCUUGAAGGAAGAUGCCAUAAGUAGAGGGCAAAAGCAUCUCUUGCCGAAAAAGUGCACCGAGACCUUUGUUGACAAGGCCCAGCCUGAGGUGAUCGAAAAAUGUGAGCUCCGGAAGAAGGGUGAAAAGACGGCGAAAGCCCUAUCGUCACAAGCCAUUAGCAUGUAUGCCAAAGUCUUAGGGAGGGUGGUGCAGUUCGAUAGCGCAGAGGCCUUAUCAAAAGAUACUGAAGAAGAUCCUAUUAUCAAGGACUUUAUGGCGGACUUGGGUCUACUCGUCUACUCCGCUUUUGGAAAGUUUCUAGCGCCCCUUCUAGUGGCUGCACACACUAUGAAUCACUGCCAACUAUCUACGUCCAAAUCGGUUUAA